AAUUGUUAUAACACAUCUGUCAAUAAAGAUGGCCAUGAGACGAGCGCUGCAUUUUGUUUUCAAAGUUGGUGACAGAACCAAAACUGCCACGUUUUACAGAGAUGUUCUGGGCAUGAAGAUUUUACGGCACGAAGAGUUUGAGGAAGGCUGCAAAGCAACUUGUAAUGGACCCUACGAUGGGAAAUGGAGCAAGACAAUGGUUGGCUUCGGUCCAGAAGAUGACCACUUUGUUGCUGAGCUGACAUACAACUAUGGAGUAGGAGAGUAUCAGCUUGGCAAUGACUUCUUGGGACUCACUCUGCAGUCGAGCCAAGCGGUGAGCAAUGCUAAGCGUCUUGGAUGGCCCCUCACCGAGGUAGGAGAGGCUCUGUAUCUGACCCAGGCUCCUGGAGGAUAUCCCUUCUACCUCGUGGACAAAGAGCAGCCUCCUCAUGAUCCGGUGCAGAAGGUUUGUCUCGGAGUGUCAAACCUCCAGAGUUCGACCCACUACUGGACAACACUCCUGGGAAUGAAAGUGAUGGACAAGAAUGAGGAAAAGAAGACGGUGCUGAUGGGAUUCACAGACACUCAAUGCAAGCUCGAGCUUCGCGAUAUCAGUGGGACAGUUGACCACGGAACAGCAUUUGGGAGAAUAGCAUUUUCUUGCCCACGAGAGCAAUUGCCGGACCUCGAAGCCUUGAUGAAAAAGGAAAACCAGAAAAUUCUCACUCCACUCGUCAGCCUGGACACGCCUGGAAAAGCCACAGUAGAAGUGGUUAUUUUGGCUGACCCCGACAGCCAUGAAAUUUGUUUUGUGGGAGACGAGGCGUUCAGGCAGCUGUCCAUGGUGGACCCCAAAGGAAAUGAAUUGCUUGAUAAGGCUAUGGCGGAGGAUAAAAGCGACGAGUGGUUUGCCAAACACAACAAACAGAAGGCUGCCGCGUGAGACGAAGGCUCGGCCGGACGACUGCACACCGUCGAUUUCUCACCGGUUCACACGAUGAUGAGAUGCUGUACGAGGCCCUUGUAACAUAAAUCUUCUUGUAAUGUCAACUCAGUUAUUUGUAGGCUGGCAUUGUGCGAUAUGUUCUCCCUGUGAAGCAAACCAUUAGAUGCGCUGACAGAACAUGAUAAAUGGACCAGUUGUUCAAUUUGACGUAUGUGUUUCCAAUAAAUGCUGCUUCUAUGAACAAGGCAGAGAGGUGGACAAAAAAAUCAAUUUAAUGCAGCUUAUUCUCGUAAAUUAUGAAACAUGUCAUGACCAGGAGCAAUUGAACCUCUGUUGAGCCUAUACUAACAUUCUGUGUAUUGUGCAUUUACUAAGCAGUACUCUUAAUAGCUGAAGUACUUGCUGGUGGAUUCACUAAAAUAAAAGUACGAAUACAAGAUUGUGAAAAUACUCUGUUGCAAGUAGAAUUUGUAAUGCUGCUUCAGUAAAAGUAUGGAAGUAAAAUCCAGAAAUCUUGAAAGUGUUAAAAUUAAAAGCACUCAAUGUAGAAAUACGUCUUGUGUUACUUUUACAAUGAAAUGUGUUAUUAUCACGUGUGUGGUAAUGUAAAGAAGGAUGUCACUGUUGCAGUUGGUUGAUGUGGAACUCAUUUUGUACGACCGUGUAUCAGAAAAUGUAUUGAAUUAAUUGUUUUUUUUUUUCAUUAUGGAAAAGUGCA